AUGGAUUUUUUGAAAGGAUUUUUUGGAAUUUGGAGGAAUUUCUUAGUUAUAGCUGGUCAGUCACCAUCUGACAGAACGUUGUUCGCUGCAGGUCCAGAAUUAACGGAUGAACAAAUUUUGAAAUGUUUAGAAACAUGCGACAGUGAGUUUAGUGGUGAUGACUUAGAUAGCGAUCCACUUUAUGAAGUACCGAAACGCAGUUCAUCUCUUUCUUCUAAUAGUGAAAGUGACCUCUCUGAGCAAAACGUUUCUUGUCCUUCUACAUCAUCAUCAUCCUUUCUUUCACAAUCCAAUCAAAUCCGUCGUUCCAGAGGUUUUGGAAGAGGAAGAGGCACACGAGGGCCCAUUAGAUGUCUUUUGACAACAUGCGAAGAAAGACCUGUAAAGCAAUUUCAAGCAAUUGAAACUGAUUUAUCAGAAGUUGAUAAACAUGAUCUAAGUACCGAUCCACAGUACUUAAGCUGUGCUAUAAAAAACGGCACUUGUCCUGAGGAGCUGAGCAAAAAAAUCCAGGAAAACUAA